CAAACAUCCGUGUACAAAAAACACGUCCAAAUUCAUUACUUCCAGCAAAGGAAUUUUAUAGACAUUUUGCAUCGCUCAUGUGGUUUACAUAUCGUAAAGACUUUCCACAAGUUGGCAGUUCAGAUUAUACAACUGACACAGGAUGGGGCUGUAUGAUACGAAGUGCACAGAUGAUGUUAGCUACAGGAUUAUGUUAUUAUCUCCUAGGGAAAGGUAAGGUCUACAGCAUUAUCCAUGUAGCCUAUAGGGGAGUUUAAAAUCUUUAAAUGCCAGGAAUCAAACCCAAGGUCUCUGUUUUAACAUGUACAGUAUAUAUAUACUAGCUCUCUGACCUAUUGACAUGCCAGAUGAGUACAAUCAGACUGCAACAAGCUUUUCAGAUAUAAUCGUGGGGUGAUUAUAAGCUGACCUAGCCAGUAGCCAGGAAUGAUUAUAACAUACACUGGAAUUUUUUCCUCGGGAAGGAACGCGAAAGGCUCUGGGAUAAUCCGUUGCCGGAAGCCAGGAAUCCUGGCUAAGAUUGAACUACGCAUUCCAUUUCAACGGCCAAUCAGAUUCCUCCCUGAAACGGAUUAUCCCAGAGCCUCGCGUUCCUUCCCGAGGAUCGCAGGCUCGGGGAACGAGAUUGAAUCCUGAACUAUGGAAAUAGUAUGGAUCUUAGUUGAAAGUAGUAUGGAAAUCCAAUUUUCAUGAAUGGUUUCAACAUGGUAAAUCUUUAAAAAAACACAUUCAAAACCAAGUGUUGGAAAAUUAUUUUUUUCUUUAUAAUAAUAGCUAUGAUAUUUUCUGUUAGAUUUCAGAAUGUCUGGAAGGUGUCAUAGUAAAGCACAAACAUUCUAUUACAAGGCAGUAAGAGAAUACAACUUUUACAUUCAUGUUUAUUAACUUGUUGUUAUUUUUCCUACGACAUUGGACUACUAUUCUUUUAUUCUUGUAUUUUAUAGAUAUUAAAAUUUUUUAACGAUUCACCUACAGACCUCAGUCCAUUUUCGUUGCACAAACUUGUUAAACUUAGCGAGUCAUUUGGUAAACAACCUGGAGACUGGUACGGACCUUCUCUUGUCGCUCACGUCAUGAAGUAAGUUGGAUCUACUGCUGUACUUUCAUCAAAGUAAAAUAUACUUGGUCAUAGAACUGACCGUGUUCUUCGUUAUAGAUGGUAGAGACUAUCUUUUACUCGUAAUCUGAUCGAAACCUCUCCACUAUGGACAUAAGAGAAAGCUUCUGGGGAUGAAUAUUCUCGUUUAUCAAAAAUAAAACCUUAUAAAUUUUCCUAAAAAUAUAUCCGUCUUUUCCAUUUUUUUCAACGGUAUCAUGUGCAGACACUCUUCCUUUUCAACAAAGCAAUUAUUGUUUCCUCUUUCUACUACGGAUUUUUCCUUUGUGUACUUUUUGGCCUAGUGAAUCAAGCUCACCUAUAUUGAUACAGUAUAUGUUUUGUUUCUUGUAUCAGAAAAGCAUUAGAGGAAUCCACCAAUCCACUUCUUCAAAGCAGUCAAGGACUUUGUGUUUAUGUUUCUCAAGACUGCACAAGUAAGUCAUAAUAAAUAAGCAACUCUAAAUGGUCUGCCUAGGUAGUGACAAAAACACUGUCUAACCCCCUGAGGAAGGACCUUCGCUCGAAACAUCGAAGUUUUUUCAGGUUGAAUCCCUAUCCAUCCUCAGUUUUCCAACUCUAAAGGCAUGAAUGUAGCAGAGGCGAGAUGUUGAGUUGGAACUCGUUACCAAAUAUGAGUUAGCUUUUACUUGGUCGCUUAACCAAGGCUUUCAUGAUUCGUUCGAUUACAAAAUUUUGAUAAACAACAAGUACACCAUAACAGGUCCAUUUUUACGACGUUGACAAUGCGUUCCUCAGUCUACAUCUUUAUUUUGUCCUUAAUACACCUCAACUUACCUGGUAUUAUGUUGUCCUCAACUCUUGUAGUCUACAAAGACGAUGUUUCUCAACUAUGUCAAGAAUGUGGAAGUUGUAAUAAACAAUGUUCUGAGGAUCACUGGAGGUCUUUGAUUAUUUUAGUCCCUGUUCGUCUUGGUGGGGAAAACCUAAAUCCAAUUUAUCAGCCCUGUGUGAAGGUAUGCUAUGAAUCGGCGUUUUAGAAAGGCAUAUUUUUUGAGAAACAAUUGAAUAGAUGUUUUUUUUCUGUGUUGAUGUUGUGUACUCAGGUGAAUAUGAUAUUUGUGAUGUUACUCUGAGUGUAUAUCCACACCGGGCGAGCUUGAAAAGUAUGCCCGGCCACGGUGGGUUUCGAACCUACGACCUUUGGAAUACUAGCCCAAUGCUCUUCCAACUGAGCUACGCGGUCAGGACGGUUCGAGUAAGUGAUAUUUCGGAACAGAAUCUAGUUCCUUCGAUACCAAUGUAUUUUAGUAAUAUGAUUUUUUUUCUGUGUUGGUGUUGUGUACUCAGGUGAAUAUGAUAUCAUAUUACUAGAAUACAUUGGUAUCGAAGGAACUAGAUUCUGUUCCGAAAUAUCACUUAUUCGAACCGUGCUGGCCGCGUAGCUUAGUCGGAAGAGCAUUGGGCUAGUAUUUCAAAGGUCGUAGGUUCGAAACCCACCGUGGCCGGGCAUACUUUUCAAGCUCGCCCGGUGUGGAUAUACACUCAGAGUAACAUCACAAUUAACAAUUGAAUAGAUGUUUUUACGUUGUAUCCAGAAUUGGCAUUUAAAUUAAUGAAUCAUUAAUUUUGCCAUCAGGGUAAGUUCUUCAUGAAAACUGCCUGCCUUGAAUAAAAUAGACCUUUCUCAUGAUCACGUCAAACGCGGAUAAACAGUUCAAAUAAGUGUUAAUUAACAAUUAUUCGCCGAAGGCGAGGUGAUUAUCGGUGAAUAAAAACCGAGACGAAGUCGAGGUUUUUAUUCACCGAUAAUCACCGAGCCUGAGGUGAAUAAUUGUUUUAGUAUAAUUUCAUAGGUGAUUAUUUGGAAAAAAUAAAAAAAUGCACAUUUCUUCGUCUUUCAAUUGACAAAACGGCUUCGGCCGCCAUUUUGAAAAUCGCUUAGGUGAUUAUCGCGUAAUAAUCACCUCAACGGUAACCAAUCAGCGUGGAGAAUUUUCAAUAAUCACCUAUGUAAUUAUACUAAAGUGCGAUAUUAUACACGGUACAAUUUUUAGCGACACGCAGUGAAAUUUGACUGGCUCAGCAACGAUUUGCACUACAAAUUGUUGUUAAAAAUUGUUCCGUGUCACAUCCCCCUUUCUGGGAAAAGCCAGAGCCGAACUGCCAAAGUCUUCACCCGCGUUUUACAUCAUUAUGAGAAAGGUCUGUUUAGCUACUUGCUCGUGGAUCUUAAUACUUAUACUGACUUUUGAGCACAGGAAUAAUUAAAUGCAACUGAGCCACGAAAGUGUUUGAAAAAAAGUCUGUAGUUUGGCACAUGAGUCGAGCGGCGUGAAUCAAUAGUGAGCUUAAACGCACGUCACCCGACAAUUGGUAUAACUAAUUUUGGCGGCAUUUUACAUCAUAGCACUUGUGGAAGAAAGGAAAGAACUUUUCAAAUCUUAUGUUUUGUCAUAUGUGUUGAAGAUUACAACAAACUUUAUUUAUUAUUAUUAUUAUUAUUAUUACAACAUCUUUAUAUAUAGGUAACUAAUCAACCAUAUUACCUAUCAGUAUUUACAAAAAUUAUAAAGGUUGUUUUUCAUUAGGCCGUGUUAUUAAAUACAAAUUAAAACUCGAAAUACUAUUAUAUAUAAACUAUUAUAAAAAUAUUAAAAGAUACUAAGAAAUGUUUGGGUCGAAGCGAUACGUUAUUCGUUAAAUAUAUAUAUUACAAAUGAAUUAAGUAGAUUUAAAAUUUUUACUAUUAUAGUUCCAGUCUUUAGCAGCAGCAUAUCCGAAUGUCCUUUUCAUUGAAUUUGUUUUAGGCUUCGACAACAUCAGCAUCUUGUUAUUACUUCUUAAAUGAUAUUUAUCAGAAUUUGAGAUUUUAAACAUAGUUGAAACGUUUUCAGGACAUUGGUUUGAUGCAAACACACUUUUUAAUCCAGUCCCCUGAGAGUUGAAGAUCUACGACGCGGUCGGCUCAACGACGCGGUCUGAAUUUCAGCUAAAAAAUGAACGCUAAGCAAUUUCAUUACUGUAAUAAAUGUUUGACGAUUUUCAAAUAACAUUACAAACUGCUAAUUUGACUAAAGCGAUGCAAUGUUUGUUGUAAUUUCGACUUUAAGUAUCACCUUUUGGGUCGCAAUAAGCUUCGCGUUGCUUGAAAGACGUGAUAAUGCUUAGUUUAAUGUUCUGCUGAGCAUGACAAAGCCGUUGAGAAUACCCCUGCAUGGGACCACAAAUUAUUCACAGUUUUUGUCUUGCAUGACAGAUUUCUUUCUUUCGCAAGCGCGUCGUUGAGCCGGCCGCGUCGUAGAUCUUAAACUCUCUAUUGUCGCUGCCCGCAACUCAACCCCUUAAAAUCGCCAGCUACACUGGCUACUCCAAUGUCGCAUAAUGCGACAGGCUCUGCAUGUCGAACGUUUGUCUCUCCAAAUUCUGCUGCUUGCACUUAACUAAUCAUACGUCGCUCUUCUGUGGCACCUCAUUCGUCAACUAAGUUCGGGACAUGAUUGAAACGGCGUCUGAAACGGGUCUUGUAUUCGAAAUAGAAGUAAAUAAAUUUCCUAUAGAGUAUGCUUUUAUUGUAGGCUCUUUUAACACUCGAUUCUUGUAUUGGUAUUAUUGGCGGACGACCAAAACAUUCUCUUUACUUCGUUGGAUUUCAAGGUAUAGACGAUUAAGUUCUCGUUUAGUCGUGUAAACGUUUCUUCGUAAAUUUAUGUGGGGUAGAAUGUAUUGUGUUGCGAAAAGUCCUUAUGAACAUGCGAUCUGGUAAUCGGUCGUUUUGUUCUCAGUAUAUUUCAACUGAUUUUUUUUGCAGAGGACAAUUUAAUUUAUCUUGAUCCCCAUUUUUGUCAACCUACAGUGGAUAUGACACCAGAUAACUUUCCUUCAGAGGUAAUGCACGAGAUAAGAAUGUAUACAGUUCUCAAAUCAUUCAUAAUUCAUAACACUUGCCAAGAAUAUAGAAACAUACAGUUCAUCACAGAAUGGGACCCCAACCACUGAUCUAUACAAGGCUCGAUACAAGGUGUAUAGAAAAGGUAGUCCAAAUUUAGCAUGCUCUAGCUUGUGCCCUCAUAUCAAUAUUAAGUGCACAGAUUUAGUUUUGCCAUAUUAAUAAAAAUUAGGGUUUUAGCUUUUGAAUGACACCUUAACUUGUAUCAUUCCAAGUACAAUUGAAAAUUUUCCACUUUUGUUCAUAACAACAAAACGAAAUUAAUUGAUCACUAAUGUGCCUUUCCAAUUAAGUGACCGCUUUUAUCAACAGAUAUUUCAGUUUAUCCCACAUGUUACUAAUAUUAGAGCUUUUGAAAUUAAUAUUCAUGAAUUUUAGAUCCAAAUGAGAUUUUUUUGCACCGAAUUCCAACGUUGGAAAAAUGCGAUUUUGACCGGCAAUUCAAUUCGUAUGUGAUCAUUUUUCUUUAUAAUGAGACCAAAAGGUAUCAUUGGACAGCUAAGAGUCAAACAAUACACUCCAUAGCUAAGCAUGCGAACAUGCUAAAGUUCGAUUGCCUUUUUUUAUACACCUGUACUGCUUAAUUAUAUGCACAAAAGUGGGAAAGUGUGGUUUUGACCGGAAAUUUUUAACAAGAAAGGUGUCAUACAAAAGCUAUACCCUAAUUUUUAGUAAUAUGGAAAAAUUAGAUCUCAUGUGCACUUAAUGUUGAUGGCACGCACAAGAGCACGCUGGAUUACCUUUAUACAUUCUGUACAUGUCACUGAUAUGUGCCAAAAAUAAGAGCCUGCGGAGGAGCAACAACUGGCCCCAGACGAGCAUACAUGCAGCUAUAUAAUUAAGAAAAUUGCAUCACGAAAGUUACCAGUGACUUUCGUUAAAGUAUAUACACUAUGGCAUCUCUUAACAAGAGAUAAAAUAGAAAUGAGAAUUGAGAAAUAACAUUACUUAUUAAUUAUACUGUGUUAUAUUCGUAUAUACUUUUUCGUUUUAUAGAGUUUUCACUGUGACUCUCCACGCAAGAUGCCCAUACGGAAAAUGGAUCCUUCAUGCACUAUUGGAUUUUUCUGCGCCACUAAAGCAGACUUCGAGAUAUUCUGUACAAAGGCUACAGAGGUAAUGCGCUUGUGUAUGCAACGGUGCCAGAGAGGCUUUCAUUUCUUCCUUUGGAUAAUAUGUCACACAGUCUUCAAAACUAGUCUCUAAAAUUCUGGAAACGUCAUUUCAGAGCGUCAAAAUCUCAACACCCCCGCCCCUCCAGGGGAGUAGUAUCUUCGACCCCACACAGCCACCUACGUCUUUCAACAAGUCUCUUGCUCUAAAUUGUAUUGGGAACCCUGGCUAUAAGGCAACCCUUAUAUCCCAACAGUCGUGCCCCCGCCAAAAUGGCGAGCGCCCACUCGGCACCUGUAUACCAAAUCAGGCUAUAUGCAUAUUAUUUCCUGGUGUGGAAGUGUUGAGUGUAACCUGAGGAGAUACAACAUCCCAGCUUAUAACUGUUUCUUCUACUUUAUUUAGGUUGUGAGUCCUCCAAUGCAGAAAGGCAGUUACCCAAUGUUUAUAGUCGCUUCAGGAAAUUGCAGUAAACUCAUGUCACAUCCGGAUCUCGUCUCUUCAAUGUCAUUUUCAGACAGUCCAAAUACUCCCACUUUAGAAUUAUUUGAUUACGAAACAGGUGUACAUAGGAAUGGGGAGAUAUAUCGAGUACAAGAAGUUGGAGGCGAAAAUUUAGCACUGGGUGAUAGACCUGCUGAAGAUUACGUUGUUUUAGGCUCACUAAAGAAAGAUGAGUCAUUUGAUAUUCAAUAAACUUUUCGAUUGAAGAAUUUUAACCCAAAUUUUAUUAAGCUAAAUUAAUUUUUAUAUAGAAUCGGUAUUGACGACAUCUCGGUAUUGACGACAUCAUGCAGGUUUUGCCUAUGGCAUUUAUAUACUUUACUCCAUGAAUUCUUGCGAUAUAUAUUUUAUAGGAAGAAGUAAUUGAAAGGGGAAUAUGUUAGGAUUUAUAAUGCUAAUUUUCAAGUUAUUUAAAGAUUGCUCCAUAUUUUACAAUCUUUUUUGAUAAUUUAUAUUUUUGGUGAUUUUAAACGAUCUUUUCUGGUAAAACUCCCCUUUUGAAAAUCAAUCCAGUUAUCUUUCGUUAAAGUUAUUACAUUAUUUACAUGCAUGAAUUAAUAUGAACAAGUCGAUUCAAAGUGGUGAUACCGUUAGUCAAUUUUCUACGGACCGAGUGAUUGUCAACCUUUUCUUAAACUGCGAAAUUGUACCAUAUAGUAAAUUAUUGUCAUAUAUAAUGUAAUUAUGCAUAUUGUUCGAUUCAUUUUGUAUGUAAAUAAAGCAUAGUAGUUGAAUUAAUAUUAAAUAUUAUACAAAUAAUGAAUGUUUAUGAGUGCAAUGGUAAGAAUAUUUUCAUGAGGUGAAAGAUGGAAUGUUCCAUUCAACGAGGCGACAGCCGAGUUGAAUGGAACAUUCCAUCUUUCACCGAAUGAAAAUAUUCUUACCAUUGCACGAAGAAACAUUCAUUAUUUGUUUUAUAUAAUACCAAAAUAGACUAAUAGAUUCAUAUAAGAAGCAUUUUGAGGGAUGCGAUUUAUCGAAAACACAAAGAGUGCAAUUGUACUAUACGUUUUAUUCCAUUGCACUCGCGGAGAGUGCAAUGGAACGUGUUCCAUUGCACUCUUGGGAAAUGGAAUUUUCUAUUCAAUAUCACGUGACCAUAAACAGCCAAUUAAAUUAUUAGAAUUUAAUAAGGUAUUAUAUAAUUCUCACUGUAUCAUAUAAGAUUUUUACUCAUCAUGUCCUACGUAGUAGAUGGUUGGGUCUUGGUGUGAGUGGUGAGCUCGGACCAUGAGCUCCAUGAAAAUACUUAGCCAUGGCUAUAGAGCUUCGUUUCCGUGUUUCGGACAAUAGCUUUAGUAAGCUUUUCCGAUAUAGUGCUAUUUGUUACUCAUUACAAAAAUAAUGUCUUUUAUAUUCACUGAUCAUGAUAUAACUGUAUGGUGUCCGAUCACCUCUAACAAGAUAGGGCUUUAAACCCAAUAUCUCAAACAUGAAAGCGAGGCUCCAUGGACAAGACUGAGCACUUUCCAGAAAGGGUGUAUUGGUACUAAGUAACGCACAUGAAGAGAGCACUAGUUAGAUUUUCAGUUACUAGUAAUACAUGGUUUGCAAUGUUUUCGCUCGCUUCUCUGUUUUUUUGUAAAUGAAUACAAAGCCCAGUCGAAUGUGGCAUUCACGACCCAACGUUUCGACACUCCAGUCUAGUGUUUUCAUCAGGGGUGAUCUGACUCUGAGGUCGCAAUGAGAACGUAUAGUAUAGUGUUUCAACCCCGUGAUUGAAAUCGUCCAUAACCAUGUAAUCGCAAAAAAAUUCAAACCGGUUAACAGGGCUGAAUUUAACCCCAGGGUUGAAAGUUCUCCAUGUAAUCGGCCCCUAAGAUUCCGAUCGUAUACGAUCUACAGCUAGUGGUAUAAAACCACUGACCAGCCGACAAUUUCAAAAAUUAAAGUAUAAGACAAAACAAUCCGAAGAUUAGCACCUUGAAACUCAAGAUAUGAGUGAAAACAAGAUUGAGCAAGAGUUGGUGAUAUUUCAAUUCAGUAUAUAAGCUGGUAUGGCAAUGACGUAAUUACAAAGGAAUUUACAGGCAGUAUAAUCCCGACAACAAAAGGACAAAGGGUGUGGAGUGAAAAGUGUGACGGCAUGUCAUUAGCCUGCGAACAGAGCAUGUCAUAAGUUGCCAACCAAACACUGAAACCGGCAGAAUAUGCAUAUACGGAUGUUGCCACAAUGUAACCCCGCGAAAAACGUUCGUACGAAUUUUAUGUGAAAAAGUUGAGAUUGAGGAUGAAUGCACUUUUUACAAAAUAAUAAGAUUGACAGGAAUCGAACAGUGCGACCCUGCGAUUCAGUUGCAGCUGUCUAAUAGGGGUCGAUUACAUGGAGCAUUGUCAACCCCGGGGUUGCCUCAGCCUUGUUUACCGGGUUGAAAUUUCAGCCCUGUCUGUAAUACAAAACUCUAUCAAAAUCAAACGCGCGAUUACAUGACAAAAUUUUCAACCCAGCCCAGGGCUGAGGCAACCCCGAAUCGUUUCAACCCAUGCGUGGACCGUGGUAGUGACUAUUUAUUACUAAGAAAACAAAAUUAAUGAAGGCUUUUUUACUUCCAGUAAUCGACGCCGAGAACGUAUAGUAUGGUGUUUCAACCCUGGGGUUGAAAUCGUCCAUGUAAUCGCAAAAAAUUUCAACCCGGUUAGCAGGGCUGAGUUCAACCCCGGGGUUGAAAGUUCUCCAUGUAAUCGGCCCCUAAAACACUGAGCUAUACAGGCCAGGUGUUCAGGCUCUAUAUAUACACAGCCUAUUGGGCCCUUGGGUAAAGAGGCCAUGUAAAGAAUAUAUUAUUUACUGUUACUGUAUCAUGUUACUGUUAAGUUACAAUAUGGAGGUUUAACGUCGACAACCAGAUUCUUUGCACACCUAUAUCAUAUUACUGACGCGCGAAAAUUUCCCGCCCCACGCGAAUGUGCUCAACCAAAAUCAGCCAAUGGGAAGCGAGCCAGGUGACUGCGACAGCAAAGCUAGAGCCUGCGUUGCAUUUAAUAUUUUAUUUUACACCAUCAGCGAAGGUCGAAGGAAGAAGUUUUGCUGAAAUUUAGCACGUGGAGAUUUUAAAUUUGCGUUUUAACUACACAAGAAAGCCUUGUUCGUACUCUCGUCGCUUUGUUUCAAGGUACUGGUUUAUCAAAAAGCCGUAGAAUCACUUUUACAUACCGAAAGUAAUCGAUAUAAACAACAAGAAUGUCAGACGAUUGGGAAGAAGAAUGUGGCGGUUCCAGUUUCGACAGUAAGGUGAGUGAUUGUGCUUGAUUGAAUUUGUUAAUGAUCCAGUAAUACGUUAAAUAAUAUAAUUUAGUUUAUAAUGUGUUGUAUUUGAAGCGAAUUGUCUGUUUUAAUGUGUUUUAUCUCAAACGAUUCCCGCACAGUUCAAACAUAAAACUGGUACUAAACCGUCACAAUAUAUAUAUAUAGAUGCUCAUGAAGAGGUAUUAAAAUCCGAGCUGGGAUUUGCCUAUUUUUCACUGGGAAAAUCAGAUUUGGACCACUGGGAAGGAGAUUUACACCAGCGAUUUUGCUGCAAGCAAUGGGAUUUAGCAAAUCAAUGGGUUGGACAGGACAGAAUUUUGACUAGGAAAAUGAGAUUGAAACGUCUCUUUUAUACAACCCUGCAUACACUAACUAACCUUUAAUAUUAACCACUAACUUAAUCCACUAACAUAGUCAACAAAAAGUAUACUUAUUCAACAAGGAUAACUACCUUUCUUUCAUUUAGCCAUCUAACAACAGUGGGUUCGGCAGCUCUAGUGGCUUUGGCAGCACAGAUUCAGGUGGUUUUGGGAAAAGCUCAGAUAGUAAUGGAUUUAACGAUGACUCUGGUGGCGGCUUUGGAGGUGGAGGUUUUGGUGGGGGUCGAGGCAGAGGCACGGGUCGAGGCAGUCGUGGAGGAUUUGGUGAUAGUUCAGACCAGAAUGGUUUUGGUGAUUCUGAUAGUGGUGGUGGUUUCCGAGGUGGUAGAGGUCGUGGUAGAGGUGGUAGAUUUGGUCGUGAUGAUGGUGAUUCUGAGCAGAAUGGUUUUGAUGAUGAUCAUGGUGGUUUUGGUGGUGGUCGUAGUGGCGGGUUUGGUGGUGGACGAGGGCGUGGUAGAGGUGGUGGGUUUAGUGGUGGCAUGGAUGGUGAUGAUGCUGGAGGACAGGGUGGUGGUUUCCGUGGACGGCGAGGCAGUGACAGAGAUGGUGGUGAUGGUGGUGGUGACAGCUUUGGUAAGUUCAUUUAUGUCUUUUUGUACACAGUUAUCUCAAAAAACAUUUCUUGAUAUUAUCGAAAUCACUAGAGUGGUAAGAUUUGUAUGCACGGGGUUGAUUUUAUGUACCAUGUGAUGAACUGUUUGAACACCUUGUGACCGCUUCGAAAUUUUGUGUCAGUUCAUGAAUGUUAUUGGCUCUACCUUCACUUCUCAAAACAUAGUCAAAAGUAUUACUAUUAAAGAGCUCUAAAAUAAUUUUCUUAAUCAUUAAAGCACCAAUUCCACCAGAACAUUGCAGAUUGUUUACGAGGUAAAUACGAAUCACAUGUACAUAAAAUCCAGGGGCGGAUUCAGACAGGUUUGACAGGUUUAUAUAAACCUGUCAGAUUUUCCAAAGAGAGAAAAAACCUUCCAUGUAUAUAACUAAUUUAAAGAAUAUUCUGUUUCAUAAAAUUGAUGUUGUCUAAUCUAUUACGCCACUUAAUAAACACUGUUGUUGAAAUUUGAUUAUGGAUUACCGAGCGUAUAAUUAUAAGGACUUAUCGCCCUGGGUUUCCUCUUACGAAAUGUUGUAAUACUAGACUAAUAAUCUGCUAAUAUAUCGUCGUGGGUCAUGGACUUGUAAACAUUGCAUGAAUCACACAUAACCGCCCGCAAUUAUGAGUAAACCGGUGGUCAGAGUUUUCUCCAUGAGAGUAAACCGGUCGAUACGCCAUUCGAUUGGCUAAACGGCUGCGCUCCGGCGGAUGUAAGCCGGUCAUAAACCUGUGAGUCGAGCAGUAUUUAGAGAAAACUGGGCAUGAAAGUUAACAGAACUCGAGGACGCGCGAAAUAUGUUUAUAAUUUUGCGUGACUGAAUCUUUGCGUUGGCGAUAGAAGCAUUUACAUGGAUUUCUUGUUCAUUUUGAAGGUUUGUUUAGAAGUAUAUAGUCUAAAGUUAUAACGGUAAGCUAUUUCUACUUACUGUAUAGUAAAUAUCGAUUCAUCAACAAGCGUAUCGAUGUUUAUACGUGUAACUACAGUCUAUACUCAUGACAGCGCGAAAUAUGAUAAUGUACGUAUAAUCUUGCGUGACAGAAUCAUUGCGUUGGCGAGAGAGAAUCAGGAAAUGAUUGUGAUUAUUUGUGAGGCUUUAUUCACGCUCUUGCAGUUUGGUUUCUAGUUCAUUGUUAAAGUUGGUUUGAAAGCGUAUAGAUCUAAAAUUACAACUAUGUUUAUAUUAAAACCAUCUCUACUUGUACUUAUAAUAACUAUUGAUGCGUCAGCAAUUCAGUUGCCAAUCCUAUAUUUUCAGCACUAGCUAAUAGGUUUCCGAAAAAGUUCAAUUCAUCAUUUGAGCUGCGUGUUAGUUCAAAAUUCUCUUAAAAGAUAUAUUUUCUAAUCAUUAAAUUAAUUUAAAAAGUGACGCCAGAACGCAGGAAAUGCUGUUUCAGAGGCCCAAAUUUUAAAAAUUUCCCGGGGGAGCAUGCCCCCGGACCCCCCUAAUGAUUGUGUGGACCUAGUAAACCGGUCACCCAAAACGCUGAAUCCGCCCCUGAAAUCAACACCGCGCGUGCAAAUCUCCAGGGACAAAUUUACCACUCUAGUGAUUUCAAUAAUAUAUUCCUUGUUAACACAAGCUUUUGUGAUCAACCUCUACUAAUAAAAGUAUUUUUGUUGGUGUAUAAGCUAUAUAUUCCAUUAGAUAAGGCCUGUUUUAUAUGUCGAAUUUUGGUCGCGUCGAAUGCAAUUCAAACAAUAGAUAAUUAAGCUUAAUGAGAUUUAUCAUCUCAUUAUCUAUUGUUUUAAUUGCAUUCAACUUUUUCAAUUGACUCUAGUAAAAAGUGUAAUUUGUGAAUGCAUAGUAUAAGGUCAUUAGAUGUACUCUACUUUUGCUUACUUGUGUAAUAAUAUGAAAACUGGAGAUAAAAUGAUUUUUUCUGUAUUCAUUGGUGUAAUGUACUCAGGUGAAUAUGAUGCUUGUGAUGUUACUCUGAGUGUAUAUCCACACUGAGCAAGCUUGAAAAAUAUGCCUGACCACGGUGGGAAUCGAACCUGUGACCUUUGGAAUACUAGCCCAUUGGAGAUAAAAAGUUGAAUAUAACAUUCUGAUCACUAUUCACAGUUUUAUUUGUGUGUUAACUUUUGCUUUCUAAUAUGAAAGUAAAUACAUGAAUUAUUAAGUGAAACAAAAGCAAGGAAAAUGUCUGUUUCAACCUUUACAACUUUUUAAGUAUGGACUUUGCAGAAACUGAAAUAUACUAAUAUUGUUUGUAUACAUGUUUGAGUGAUUGCAUAAGUGUUGCACAAACUGACUGGUUUGAAGAGCUUUCCACUAACACUAUUGUUUGCUAGACUUAGAAGUAGACAAAUUCACUUAUUAAUUAGUGUUCUCAAUAAACCUUUCCCCUUAUAACUAAAAUUUUGAUCUAGACAAGUCUAGACAAAAAAUUCAUCACAGCUUGAAAGAGCAUCACAAAAUUAGUAAUAUCCCGAAGCUUCGUUGCGAAAUGUUGUAAAAUGAGGAUAAUAUAGCCCUGCGAAGUUUGCCGUUUUUCAGUAACUUUGUAUUACAAAUGGGAAAUUGACACCCGAAUGGGUUGUCAAUUUCCGUUCGUAAUACAAAAUGACUGAAAAACGGCAAACUUCGCAAGGCUAUAUUAUCCGCAUUUUAUAACAUUUCGCAACGAAACUUUGGAAUAUUACUAAUUUUGUGAUGCUCUUUCAAGAUGAAAUUUUUGUCUAGGUCACAAUUUUAGUUAUAAGGGGAAAGGUCCAUUAGGCUGGGGCGGUUUUUCGGUAUUCUGGAAAAUACCUUUUUUUGCUCGAUGUUCUCAAUUUGUUGUUCAAUAUAUUUUUUCUAGAGUUCUUUUUCCUUUCAUUUAUUUUCCCUAUAUUUUUCCCCGACUGCAGAUCUACAGUACUUUUCAAGGCCAUCUGCCCCUUUUAAGGUGGCUCCCUACAGUUCUCUAAGUAUUUUAGGUAACCUUCAUUUUCAACCAAAUUUAUAAUUAUAUUGAAUACACUUAAGGCAGAGCAAUAUGAUCAUUUCCAGGAAAGUUCAGAAGUCAUGUGUGGUUGAUAUAUAAUGCAUGCAUGUAAAUUAUGUAUGAACAACACAAAAUGUGUGUGUGGUUUAGGCUGUUGCGGUAUAUCAAUAUACCGAAAAAAUGGACAUUUUGGAAUACCUUAAAAAUAUCGAAAGUUUUAUUGAAAUUAUUUCCUAGUAAAAUCUAGAAAACAUGCAUGGGUAAGUGUUUAUCACAAAAGAUCACAACCCGGACUACCCACACAAGCAGCAUUUGAACGCUUGAAAACAAUAGCUGUGUGAUGACUCAUAAAGAUGGAAUGUGCACUUAUUUGAAUAAGUGUAAAUAAAUCUUUUUAACAUUCAUAAAAUGACCAUAUUGUAGUAAAUAAACCUUUUGAUAUUCGAUUAGUUUCACACAACUUUGUUUUUUUUGCUGUUUUGCGGUACCUGUAGGCUAUACAUUUAUUUUGCUGUUUGUGAUGUGGUAUAUUGAAUAAACAUUUUGUAAUUUUGCUAAUUUGCAUAUUUUUGAUAUUGAUAUAUUGAAAUUUUCCAAUACUGCAACAGCCUAGUUUGGUUUAUAUUUGGCUUUUUUAGUAAUUUUCACUUUAAGUUUUUGCCUUACAUAUAUCACACAGAUAUUCUUUUACUUAUUUGAGAUGAAAAUAAAAGAUACAGUAUAUGCUCAAAAUAUGAAAAAUUGAGAACAUGAAUUGACAAUUGAGAACAUUAAUCCAAUGUUUCUUAAAUUAGUUUUGUUGUGAAAAUUGGUGUGAAAACUUUUCAAAAUUCAACUAGAGUUUGAUUUUUCAUAUAAAACAACUCAUAACUGUCUGCACUAUAGUUAUGAGAUUCAGCAGAUAAAACACUACAUGUGAAUUAGGUUGAAUGACAGGACUUAUGUACAGUAAUUUUUGGUGACAAUUCAAGAGUGCCUUGAAGUAUGAAAUAUAAUUUCAGUCUGUGACACUAUUGUUGAAAAGUGUGAGCAUUCUAACAUACAAUACUGAACAUAAAUGCAUAAGAACACACAGAUAGAUAGGUUAAAAGCGUACGUACUGUGAGUGUCUCUAAUUUACGAUUACAAUGAAAAAUUUGCAUUUUCUUUGGAUAAAAACUCAAAAACAACUUCGGGCCAUGAAAAUUCUGUGCGCCAGAAUGACUUCUGAUCUAUAUAUAAAUAUGCUUUUAAUCUAGUAACUGUAACUGUAGAGGUGGCUUUCGGUAAUUUUAGAUAAUUAUUUAGGUCAUUUUAGAGGUGGUUUUAAAUCAUUUUAAGUCGUUCUAGAUUGAUUUAAAGGUCAUUUUUGGAGGUGGCUUUAGAUGGUUUGUAACUAUGCUAUGUAAAUAUUACCUAUUAUCACAAUGAAAUUUGCAUAUGUUCUAGGUGGUGGUGAAGGAGGUGAAGAGAAACCGCAGCGAGUUGUCUAUAUCCCUCCAGCACCUCCCGAGGAAGAAGAAGAAAUAUUCAAGACUAUACAACAAGGCAUAAACUUUGAUAAUUAUGACAAUAUUUCUGUUGAAAUGACUGGACGAGAACCUGUUGUACCUAUAUCAACUUUUCAAGAAACAGCACUAUAUGAUACAUUUAAAUCUAAUGUUGAAAAGGCAAAAUAUGUGAAACCAACACCAGUACAGAAAUACUCCAUUCCAGCAAUCCUAGCAGGAAGAGACUUGAUGGCUUGUGCACAGACUGGUUCUGGAAAAACAGUAAGUAUUGGAAAGCAAAGUAGUGAAAGUACAAUAUCCCUUUGUCAAGUAAUAUCAUAUGGCAUUAGGGGUGAACAGCAACUUAAUGGGUUAAAUAAAAAAUUUAGGCAAAAUUUUCUGUUUUCAAAUGAUGCCAAACAGUUGCGAUAUAAUACAAUAUAAUAAGAGAGAUAUUUUUGCAAUCAGCUAACGUUGUGUACGUUCUAAAACUUCACGUUUUGAUAAGCGAAAUGACAACUUAUAUCACUCCAUUCAAGUUGCAACACCAAUGUAAACAAACCCGAUUUACUAAUACUUUACGGAUUUUCCCACAGGGUUCACGCAUUUAUUGUCUUUGUCCUUCUUGAAAUAAUUUCACUCAGGGCUUGGAAAAGCUUGAUAUAACGUUUAAAUAUACAAACAUAAACUGAUACCAAUCAUACCAAAAAAUAUCGAUAUUCCAAUAUAUCGAAAAUUUAAAUAUCGAAUAAUCGGUAUAUUUAUAAAAAACCGAUAAUUUCCAGUAUAUUGAUAUACUGCAACAGCCUACCACUGUACCAGAGAAUGAUCAAGGCUUAUUCUGCAUUACAGUAUUUGAUUGAUUAUACUUCUGUUCAUUUUCUUUUCAUUGGUCAACAACCUCAAAUUUAAUUUUUAACACAAUGAGUGUGUAAUUAUUUGGACUUAAUUAAGUUUCAUCAUGGAUAGUUAACAAGUUAAAAAAUUUUAUGAUCCAUGGUUUCAUCCAAAAAAUAUUGCCACAGGCGGCCCAAUCUUACCCUGUGUUAUUACUUUAUUACGUUAUAUCUUUAAAUUGAAAAUCAUUAGAAAAUCCUGUGUUAUUAAUUUAUUACGUUAUAUCUUUAUAUAAUAGUAUAUUGAAAAUCACUUACAUGAUUGUGUUUCCUGAAAGAUUUUAACAAGAACCGGCCAAGAUUGGCGUUGACAUGAGGUUAACGGCCAUGGUUGGGGUUGACAUGAGGGUAAACAGCAGAAAAUAAUAGAAGGCUGGUCACUUUGACCGUUAAUUGGGACAAACGCUGACAGAAAUCAAUUGAAUAACGCGAACUUCGGUUGUCGCAUCGUCGCCAAAUUAUGUUACAUCGGAAGAGCGAUAAUUUUUACAUAAUAUACUUUUCUUUAACAGAAUUGAACAAUAUCUUCCUGCAGAAAAUGCCGAAUUGAAACUUACAAAUGUCUAGUCUUCCGAGGUUUGUGACCGGUAUGAAUUCAUGGCCUUCAAAUUCGAAUUACACGCUGCAUUGUCAUUGGUCGGCUUUCAAAACAACAACAGGCCAUUCGCAGAGGCCAUUCGCUAGCUCCCCAAAUGUUCGCUCUCUUACCGGGAAUAUCCUGUUGUUGUUUUGAAAGCCGACCAAUGACAAUGCAGCGUGUAAUUCGAAUGCCAUGAAUUCAUACUGAUCACAAACCUCGGAAGAUUAGACAUUUGUAAGUUUCAAUUGGCAUUUUCUGCAGGAAGAUUAUUUUUCAAUUCUGUUAAAGAAAGUACAAUAUGUAAAAAUUAUCGCUCUUCCGAUGUAACGUAAUUUGGCGACGAUGUGACAGCCGAAGUUCGCGUUAUUCGAUUGAUUUCUGUCAGCGUUUGCCCCAAUUAGUCCAAUUAACGGUCAAAGUGACCAGCCUUGUAUUAUUUCUUUCUGUUAAUCCUCAUGUCAACCCCAACUAUGGCCGUUAACCUCUUGUCAACGCCAAUCUUGGCCCAUUCUCGUUAAAAUCUUUCAGGAAACACAUGUAAGUGCUUUUCAUUAUACUAUUAUAUAAAGAUAUAACGUAAUAAAUUAAUAACACAGGAUUUUCUAAUGAUUUUCAAUAUACUAUUUAUAUAAAGAUAUAACGUAAUAAAUUAAUAACACAGGGUAAGAUUGGGCCGCUGUGUGCGUUAUUCGAUUGAUUUCUGUCAGCGUUUGUCCCAAUUAGUCCAAUUAACGGUCAAAGUGACCAGCCUUCUAUUAUUUCCUGCUGUUAAUCCUCAUGUCAACCCCAACCAUGGCUGUUAACCUCAUGUCAACGCCAAUCUUGGCCGAUUCUCGUUAAAAUCUUUCAGGAAACACAUGUAUGUAAGUGAUUUUCAAUAUACUAUUAUAUAAAGAUAUAACGUAAUAAAUUAAUAACACAGGAUUGGGUCAUUCCAGAAAACAUCCAUACCACCCCCACGGAGGAAAUAGGAAGUUAACCCCCUUACCCCCUUCGGAUGUCCUAAUACAUUUACUAUUAUCAGAAACAAUUUUUUCUCCCCUCCCCCUCCGGACGGCAGAAAUUUCCUCUGUGGGAGGAGUAUGGAUCUUUUCUGGAACGACCCAUUUUCUAAUGAUUUUCAAUAUACUAUUAUAUAAAGAUAUAACGUAAUAAAUUAAUAACACAGGGUAAGAUUGGGCCGCCUGUGAUAUUGCAUGCUUUAGUGCCCCCACUCAGUUGCCAUUGCACUAGUAAAAUUAAGAAGCGCUUUCAUUGAUACUUUCUAACAUGCAUGGAAAUGAGUAUACAAUAUACAGAGUACGAAUUAGUGGCUCGCAGUUUGUGAAGUAUGUCUUAGAUUUAGUUCGUGAAAUUCGUAUGAAAAAGGAAAAAUGGGAAGCAAGCUGUAAAAUAGCCCAGGGGUUUCAGAAUGAUUUGAAGUAGGCGGUUGUACCAACAAAGUAGCCGGCUGUGACUGAUAGUUAAAAAAAUCGCGCGGGGAGGGGAGCGUGCCCUCGCAUGGAAAUUUAAAAAAUUUUCGCCGCAAAUUAACAAUCAAAUAAUAUAGAAUACGUAAAAAGACAAAGUACAACUGUUAACAUGUUAGAUUUAGAUGUCAUUUGCAUAUAUACUUGUAAGUGACAAUCUACUUUAAUGUGCUAGUAGUAGUUUAAUUUUUACAGCUGCAUGAACAGAAUGAGAAUGUACACUACAGUAAUAGUAAUUAUUUUAUGAGUCCGAAAUCAUUAAUCAAAUGAUGUUAUACUUAUGUACGUAAUGAACUUCACUUCACCACUUCUUUCUUUUGCUAUGUUUGGUACUAUGUAUUAUAAUUUAUCUUAUUGAUCUUCCAAAAUAGGUGAUGUUUUGCUUGAAUUCAGGGCUUGAAUUUUAUCGCGGCAAUUGCCUUAGAGGGAGAACAAAAUGCCGUGGAUCAUUGCGGCAAUGACGGCGAUUUUUUGCCGUAUAGUAUAAUUUUUAAACUGUUCACUGUGCAUUACUAUUUUGAUACUUGAAUUCAGAUGUUGAUCAAAUCAUCUGUAAAUUAUUUUAGUCUCAGUUUUCUUCGAAAAAAAACCCACUAAAGAAAUACGUAAACACGUUUCUAGCUUGUCAGCAAUCCAAAGUAACAAUAAAAUUAAAUUUUUAUUACAGCAAUUUGAAAAAAUGCCGUGGAAACUGACAAAAUUGCCGUAGACAGCUGUUACGUUCUACGGCAAUUUUUAACGCCAUUGCCGUCAAUUGAUUUCAGGGAAUUUCGAGGCCAACUUGAAUUCCAAUUGGAACAUAACAAACAUCGUGUUGGUUCGCUUGUACCUUUGUAUAUAAAAUUUUUCCUGUGACCAGACGAAAAGUAGCCGGCGGUAAAAGUUCAAGUAGCCGGCGGAACUCCGCCGGCCGCCGGCUUAUUCUGAAACCCCUGGCUAAUAGCCUGUGUGAUGCCUCAAUCCAAACUUAGUGUAAAAAUUCGAUAGCAUGCCCAUCUGUCUUACAAUUGUUUCACACUUCUUAAUAUGACUGGAAUUCUUUCAAAAUUUGCAACAAAAUGUUGGCCUUUUUGUCAUUGUUUCCACUUCACUAAAUACUAAUUCAAAAGAUCGUGUGAGAUUUCCUCGAAGAAAAAUUGCAAAUUGAUUUGUUGCCGGGUCAACAAUUUGUACCCUGAUAUACAAUAGUAAUGCUGCUACAGGCAUUACUGUCCAUUGUUCUUAAUUAAAAUGAAAGUUUUAAUUUUUUGUAUAUAACUAAUAUUGUACAGGAAUUUACUUUCUUUUAGUUAGAUCCUCCCUUUCUGUAAAUAUUUAAAAAGUUUAUACUGAUUAGAGCUGUGGCUCCGGCAUAUUUUGCCGGAGUUGGAAAACUCCGGCCAACAAAAUUAUUAAAAAUUAUUUCAUAUUUCAAUGAACAUUUGGUAUUAAAUGGAAAAAUUAAGUUGCUGUUUACUAAUAUAUUACUAUCUAUAUGUUGUUUUACUAUAUAUUACUAUGGUGUUUACUAUUUUAAAGAUAAAUUCUUAAAUUACACUGAAAUACUUUUGUCUGCUUCCACUUUUAAAUAUAAAAUUUCCUUAAAAAUUCCUUGCCGGAGUUUUAUUACUGAUUGUGUUACUUUUUACAGAAACAGAGAUAUUUUCUCAUUUUGUAGGCUGCAUUUGUUUUACCUGUCAUGACAGGUAUGAUCAAUAAUGGUUUAAGUGGUAGCGAAAUGAGUGAGAUCCAAGCACCACAAGCUUUAGUGAUUGCUCCUACACGAGAACUUGCUAAUCAGAUAUAUUAUGAAGCUAGGAAAUUUGCAUAUGGAACUAUGUUAAAAGCUUGUGUUUGCUACGGUGGUGUGUCUGUUGGUCAUCAGUUGUCCCAGAUUGAACGGGGAUGUCAUUUGCUUGUUGCAACUCCUGGAAGACUUAUGGACUUCAUCGGUAGAAGAAAGGUUUGUAAUAUUUUGAUCAACUGCCCUUGUUUUAACUUUUAAAAGCUUGUUUGCUAUGUAAUGCAUUGAUGAUUGAUACUAAGUUUUGUAUUUGCAAUCAUUUGCAUGUUAGUAUCCACAAACCACGUAAUGUUAUUUCACAAAUAUUUCUACAUUAUUUGUAAACCUGUGAAAUUUUCCUCAAAAAGAAGACAGUUCUGUGUUCCUGUAAUUUCGUGUUUCCAAUAUUGUGUGAUGGAAUACAAAAAAGCAGCACUCAAAGGCUUUCAAAAGUACUCAACAUUCCAAUAAACCCAAAUUGGCCAAAUUACUUGUAUCCUACACUGUAUCUAGAAAAAAAUUAAUAGUAUGCAUUAUCAUGUAAAAAUGUAUUUAACAGAAUUAAAAAUGAUAUAUUACAGUUACCCAUUAUUUAGGAAAAUGCACUUCGACGAUUUUUAAAAUUGCAGUUACUGCGGAAGCUGAGGCAAAAUUCCAAAAAUAGAAAUUCUGUUGUUUUUGUCUUAUAGAUAUCAGUCCAUGCUUUGAAGUAUUUAAUUCUUGAUGAAGCUGACAGAAUGUUAGACAUGGGAUUUGAACCUACGAUUCGAGAGCUUGCUGAGAACCCUGACUUUCCUCCCAAGACAGAACGUCAGACACUCAUGUUUAGUGCUACGUUCCCAGAGGAAAUCCAGAGACUUGCUGGUGAAUUUUUGAAUGAUUAUCUAUUUCUCACAGUCGGUCGAGUGGGCAGCGCUACUUCAGAUAUUGAACAAAAAAUUUGUCAAGUAUCUGAGUUUGAGAAACGAGAUAAGCUUGUUGAAUUGCUGAAUAAUGCAGGUAAGUUCUGCAUUAAAAUAGAAAGUGUUGUGUUGCUUAUUUUGUUAUUUGUGUACAUGCUCACGCCAUCUGAAAGCAGCAAUAGGUACAUACCUACCUAAUAUGAACAUGUUUUCUGAUUGGUUUUUUGAAACAAAAGUGACCAGUGUUUAUGAAUCGUCAGACUGUUCUUUUAUAUACCAACCCAAUAACAAACGAUUCCAGUUUGGGUUCGCAUCAUUUUUAACUGAGCGCGUCAAUGAGGGUUUUUAGGCAAGUACUAUAGAGUUCUUCGCUUGAUCAUGUAGUUUAUCCUAUUAAACUUCGAGUGCCCUUUGAGUUUUCAGUUUGUAUGUACAGGUAUCAGCCCAAGUAACCUGGUAGCGAGGUUCAUAUUCCAAACCUAAUCAUACAUGGAGGUGAAGUUCCCAUUCCAUUGGACCUAUCUAUAGGUUCUAUCUCAUUUGCUUUUCUUCUCGCGUUUGUUUUGCCUCGCUGUUGUUGAAGAGCCUCUAGAACCGCUCUACCGGCUUGUCAUUUACAGCUGAAAAUCUUGAAUUUAUGUAAAAGCAUAAAAAAUCCCCAUACACUUUGUAGAAAGUAGAAAUACUUUAAAAAAGCACCUCCAGGUUGCCUCUUAAGAUUCCAUUCUGGGCAAACCCACUGACCAUGUGUUUUGCUUUUUUACCUUUGAUUAAUUAAAUAGGAAGCGACAGAAUGUUGGUAUUUGUUGAAACGAAAAGAAUGGCUGAUUUCUUGGCCAGCUAUCUAUCUCAGACAGGAUUUCCUACAACCAGUAUUCAUGGGUAAGUUAAUUCUUAAUCAUGUAGAUAAAAACAUUUACUGUAGAUACCAACGUGAUUCACCCAACUGGUACCUUACUCAUAGCAGUCUUUUCACAAAUUCAAAGUUACUUUAAAGAAUUCUGUGAUACUUGCAAUAAUAACGUUUAUACUGUAAAAUGACGCUAUUAAAAUGACGCUAUUCCGGGUGGCUUCCACUCCCGCCAAACUGCAAAGGUACUUGACAGCGGUGGGAAUUGAACCUAUGACCUGUGGUUGCCGGAGUACCGUCAUCUAAUAUAAUAUACCCGAGUUCUUAUCCCGCACUAAUCAGACUGUAAGAUGGUAGUCGGGGACCGGUUGUUCAAAACCGUAUCAGCGCUAACCCUGGGUUAAAAUUCACUGCUGUUUUAGUUUGUCAUAUAUCUGCACGCCUGUUUAUUUCAAAGGCUUGUUUAUUUCAAAAGGAAACUCCCAUUGAUCCACACAAGAUUUCCGAAGAAAUAUUUCCAAGUUUGUAAAGCGAGAAGCUGUUUUGAAUUUUAUAGAUUAAACUAGGGUUAAGCUAACCGGCUUUUGAACAACCGUCCCCCGGGUAUACCGACAUCGGAGGAACUAGACUCAAUUCUGAAAUAAUAUCAAAUCGAAAAUACUGUAGCUCAACCAAAAGUUACAGUACCAAUGAUUUUCUCUCUGCAUUUAAUCCUACAAUAAGGUUUAAACAUGUUUUAAUAGAGACAGACAACAAAAAGAAAGAGAAGAAGCUUUGGAAGACUUCAAGAAAGGUCGUACUCCAGUUAUGGUUGCAACGUCAGUGGCUGCACGUGGUCUUGAUAUCCAGGAUGUAAAACACGUGAUCAAUUAUGAUCUACCCAAAGAGAUUGAGGAAUAUGUUCACCGUAUUGGCAGGACAGGAAGAAUUGGAAACAAAGGAAAAGCGACAUCGUUUUUCCAAUCGGACAAAGAUGGCAAUAUUGCAAGAUCUCUUGUUAAAGUACUUGGAGAUGUAAGUAGAAAAACAGUUUCUCAGCGUAUGAGCGUCAUACGUCAAAAUACGUUACGUUAACAAUCAUCCGUUCAAGCCUGGUGUUCAUUUAGUCGUAACUGUCGUGAACAUAUCAAAGUGACCGAUGUAAUAGAGUGUCGAUAUUUAUCUAUUUAUUUAACUUCGCCAUUAUGCAUUCAUGGCAGGGUCACCACAACAGUAUAUGGUACCAAUUACUGUGGGCCUUUUAAGUGGCAGUCCCGCUAAGAGCGGUCCGAUGACUUUGACUUCGGAAAAUAGAUUUCCUUUAUUUUUUGUGUGUUGAAAGGCAUUG